CUUCAUGGGUAGGAUUCGAACGUCCUUGUCUUACCAAGCGCACACCGACUGCCUCCACGCAAGGGCUCCAGGAUCUCUGUCAUUCCCGUAAGCUUUAAAUCAAAACUUUGAUUUUUUUCCGACAUGAUGGCAGCCAGAUUCCUCCGCCGGUCCCUCCCCACGCUGCGGCAGGCUCGGUGCUACGCCGAGGCGGUCACCGGUUCCCCGCAGAUGUCCUUCACUUUCGCCUCCCCGACACAGGUGUUUUUCAACGGGGCCAACGUGAAACAGGUGGACGUGCCCACGCUCACCGGUGCGUUCGGUAUCCUUCCGGCCCACGUGCCCACCCUGCAGGUGCUCCGGCCCGGUGUCGUCACGGUGUACAGUGACGACGGCUCCGCUACCAAAUACUUUGUGAGCAGCGGGUCAGUAACAGUCAACGCUGAUUCUUCAGUGCAACUGCUAGUUGAGGAGGCUGCUGCUUUGGACCAGCUGGACAUUGCUGCUGCCAGGGCCAACCUGGAGAAGGCCCAGUCCGAAAUGGCGAGCGCAUCCGACGAGGCGGCGAGGGCGGAAGUUCAGAUCAGCAUAGAGGCCAACGAGGCCAUCGUCAAGGCUCUGGAGUAGAUCUGUGGUACGACGUCUCAGCUGCCCCACAAUCUGAUUAUCACAGAGAUGUUCUGUUAAUUAGUUUAACCCAGCAGCGUGAUGACGCAUGUUCUCACAGUUGUUAAUGGAAAUAUUGACAAGAAAUAAGAUCAUUUUCGUUGUGACCUCAAACUGAGUCACUGUUUGUUUCUCCCUCCCCUCUCUAGGUAAUUUUUUUCUCUUUCUUUGAUGGAAAUUAAUGGUCCAUCUGUGUUUCCAGCUCAGUCACGACAGUGUCCAGAAGAUUCCAUUCUUGCUUUGUACAGUGGAUAAAUAACAAAAUAAAUUUAUUUGGAAAUACCUGC